AUGAUAGAUGAGGCUCUUGAUGCGAUCACUGAGAUCAAGGUUCCUGCUGACUGGAAGAAUCUUUCGGAUAGUAUGCUCCGCUUUGAGCAAAACUACCAUGACGCUCUUGGUAACUUGGCUAAGGAGAAGAGUGCUAUUAAUAAACCAAGUUUCACUGAGAAUAUCCAGGCUCCAGUUGCUCUGCAACGCGGGGAUGAUAUUCCCGUUAGUGCUUUUGCCAACGACGAACUUGUCGGUGGUAAGGUUCCUCUUGGAACCGCCAAGGUCGAGAAGCGUGGCGUUGCCUUGAUGAUCCCCAUCGUUGAUAUGGACAAGUGCACUCAAUGCAAUAUUUGCUCUAUGUCGUGCCCUCACGCUUGCAUCAGACCCUUCUUGUUGUCCCAAGCUGAGGAUGAUGCCAAGCCGAGUACCUUUGAUAGUCGUAAAGCCAAGGGUGGUGCCGAGGUUGCCGGUCUUCACUACAGGAUCCAGGUCUCGCCCUUGGAUUGCACUGGUUGUGAGACCUGUGUUAACGCAUGCCCCUAUGAUGCUUUAAGAAUGGAGCAUUUGGCUGAUUUCGAGGAUAUCGAAAAGCCAAACUGGGAGUAUGCUGUAAGUCUCCCCGAUCGAUCUUCAAGGUUUGAUAAAACCACCCUUAAGGGAAGUCAGUUCUACCAGCCUUUAUUAGAGUUCCAUGGUGCUUGUGCUGGCUGUGGUGAAACUCCCUAUGUUCGCCUUCUCACUCAAAUGUUCGGUGACCGCAUGGUGAUUGCUAAUGCUACCGGUUGCUCCAGUAUCUGGGGUGCUCCUUACGGUCCCACUCCUUUCACUACGAGAUACGAUGGGACUGGUCCCGCCUGGGCAAACAGUCUUUUCGAAGACGCUGCAGAAUAUGGUAUGGGUAUGGCUGUGACCACCUCUGUCCGUCGUAAGGCGCUCAAGGCUCGUGUACAGGAACUUCUUCUCGAAGGAAAGGAUAGUCCGCUCUCGCCUGAGUUGUACACUCAGUUGAACGAGUGGGUUGAGAACUUCAGGAAUCCUUCUGUGUGCGCCGCUCUUUCCAAGUCUCUCCCGCCUCUUCUCAAGGCUGAGGCCAGUAAGGAUCCUGCUAUUCAGGAGAUUCUUGAUGUGUCCGAUUUGAUUCCUAAGAUCUCUAACUGGAUCAUCGGUGGUGAUGGUUGGG